GGGGGAUGAGGGAGUCUCUAUGGGUGAGGAACAUUAAGAAAUUAAUCAAUCAAUAAAUGAAGAUCCUGUGUUUAUCUUUUCAUUUAGUGGAAUAGAAGAUGAACUCAACUGAAUUCAGUGAAGAUGUAGAAGAAGUUGUGAAAAAUAGCAUUGUGAAGAUAGAGGGAGACCAUGCUGCCCUGGACUGCUCCCGGAAUUCCAGGGGCCCUGAGAAGCACCCCUUGGACAGCGUCCUCACUGCUCUUCAGGAGUCCAGCAAGAGGAAGCAGCUGGUCAUCGACGGCCAACCGGACUCUGUCCCCAGUGUGAAGAGGAGACGGUUGAUACCUGAGGCCCUCCUGGCAGGCAUGCGCAACCGUGAGAACAGCUCACCCUGCCAGGGAAACGGAGAGCCAGCCAACAGGGGCAGGAGCGGGAGCUGUGUGUGGUCUACUGAAGAAGAGCCUUCCAGUGAGGCCACCCCUUCCUACAAGAAGCCUCUGUAUGGCAUCUCCCACAAGAUCAUGGAGAAGAAGAACCCUCCUUCUGGAGACCUGCUCAGCCCCUACGAGCUCUUUGAGAAGGCAAACUCCAGUACCAGCCCCUCUCCUCUGCGCCUGCUGAAUGAGUCUCAGAAACGGGAAUGUGGUGCUGGGGUGGCCACUGAUGGGGAGCCCAAUAUCUGCUUCCUGAUCCAGAGGAUGCUGUAUAUGCUCAACACGCUCACAUCUAACAUGUCCCAGCUUCAUAGCAAGGUGGACCUGCUCUCCCUGGAGGUGAACCGCAUCAAGAAGCAGGUGAGCCCUUCUGAGCUGGUGGCUAAGUUCCAGCCGCCCCCUGAAUACCUGCUCACUUCUGCCGAGCUGAAGCAGAUCGUGGAGCAGAGCCUGUCCUGCAGCGACCUAGCCUGUCGCCUGCUUGUGCAGCUAUUCCCAGAGCUCUUCAACAACGUGGAUUUCUCCCGUGGCUGCAGUGCCUGCGGCUUUGCCGCCAAGCGGAAGUUAGAGUCGUUGCACCUGCAGCUCAUCCGCAACUAUGUGGAGGUGUAUUACCCCUCUGUGAAGGACACAGCUGUGUGGCAGGCAGAGUGUUUGCCACAGUUGAAUGACUUCUUCAGUCGCUUCUGGGCCCAGCGGGAAAUGGAAGAUAGCCAGCCAGGUGGCCAGGUCACCAACUUCUUUGAAGCAGACCACGUGGAUGCCGGCCACUUUCUGGACAGCAAGGACCAAGAAGAAGCUCUGUCUCUGGACCGCAGCAGCACCAUCGCCUCGGACCAUGUGGUGGACACACAGGACCUCACCGAGUUCCUAGACGAAGCCUUCUCCCCAGGUGAGUUUGCUGUGUUCCUCCUGCACCGGCUCUUUCCGGAGCUGUUUGACCACCGGAAGCUGGGUGAGCAGUACAGCUGCUAUGGCGACAGUGGAAAGCAAGAGCUGGAUCCCCAGAGGCUGCAGAUCAUCCGCAACUACACAGAGAUCUACUUUCCAGAUAUGCAGGAGGAGGAGGCCUGGCUGCAGCAGUGUGCCCAGCGCAUCAACGAUGAGCUGGAGGGCCUGGGGCUGGAGGGGGCCAGCGAGGGUGAGGCCCCGCGGGAUGACUGCUACGACUCCUCCAGCUUGCCAGAUGACAUCUCAGUGGUCAAGGUAGAGGAUAACUUCGAGGGCGAGCGGCCUGGCCGGCGCUCCAAGAAGAUUUGGCUGGUGCCCAUUGAUUUUGACAAGCUGGAGAUCCCUCAGCCUGACUUCGAGAUGCCAGGCUCAGACUGCCUGCUGAGCAAGGAGCAGCUGCGUAGCAUCUAUGAGAGCAGCCUGUCCAUUGGCAACUUUGCCUCCCGCCUGCUGGUGCACCUGUUCCCAGAGCUCUUCACCCACGAGAACCUGCGCAAGCAGUAUAACUGCAGCGGGUCCCUGGGCAAGAAACAGCUGGAUCCCGCACGCAUAAGGUUGAUCCGCCACUAUGUUCAGCUGCUCUACCCUCGAGCCAAGAACGACCGCGUGUGGACUCUGGAGUUCGUGGGCAAGCUGGACGAGCGCUGUCGACGCAGGGACACGGAGCAGCGGCGCUCCUACCAGCAGCAGCGUAAGGUCCACGUGCCUGGCCCCGAGUGCCGGGACCUAGCAAGUUAUGCAAUCAACCCCGAGAGGUUCAGAGAGGAGUUUGAGGGGCCCCCGCUGCCUCCUGAAAGGAGCAGCAAAGACUUCUGCAAAAUCCCCCUGGAUGAGCUGGUUGUCCCCUCGCCCGAUUUUCCGGUGCCUUCCCCUUACCUGCUGUCGGACAAGGAGGUACGUGAAAUCGUGCAGCAGAGCCUGUCAGUGGGCAACUUCGCUGCCCGGCUCCUGGUUAGGCUCUUCCCUGAACUCUUCACGGCUGAGAACCUUCGACUGCAGUACAACCACUCCGGGGCUUGUAACAAGAAGCAGCUGGACCCCACGCGGCUGAGGCUUAUCCGCCAUUAUGUGGAAGCUGUCUACCCCGUGGAGAAGAUGGAGGAGGUGUGGCACUAUGAAUGUAUACCCAGCAUCGAUGAGCGUUGUCGCCGCCCCAAUAGGAAAAAGUGCGAUAUCCUCAAGAAAGCCAAGAAAGUGGAGAAGUGACAGGGGCUGGGACUGCCCAGUGACUUUGGUCAUCACAGGCUGAGCAAUGGGUGCCCUUGGGACCGAGCAUCCUCUGGAGCUCAUGUAUGGUACCCACAGACAGGCACCUUAUGUCAGUGGGGAGUGGUUUCCUACGUUUGCACACGUAAACACCUACCCAGCCACAAGAAAGAAGCCUUCAAUUUGGUCUCUUGUAUUCAUGACUUUGUUCUGUGUUCCCAGGUGGCACAGCCGGAGUUUGGGAGUAGCCAAGCUGUGAAAUCAGAAUUGAUAGGGUAGGGUCCCUUUUCAGGGCUGGGAGCCCUCCCUGGCCCUCACAAUUCAAAAUACAAAUUUAGACUAGAUGUGAUGGCUGACACCUCUAGGCAGAGGUCAUUGGACCUCAGUGAGUUCAAAGCCAGUCUAGUUAGUCUACAUAAUGAAUUCCAGGCCAGCCAGGGCUAUAUAAUGAGACCCCGUCUCAAAAACAACAUAAUAUAAAUUCAGCAGCUUGUUUCUCUCCCCAUGUUUUACAUCUUCCUUUUUAAUCUUUUUGUUUGUUUAUUUUAAUUAAAAUGAAAUCCUUUUAAAGAAAAUCAUUGGGCUCUUUGGGAGCCAUUUUAUUUAGGAAAAAAAUCUUAAAAUAUUUGAGAUGAGAUACUGUAAGAUUACUUCACUUGCUGGGAUUUUUAAAGAUGAUUUUAGAUUUAUGCAUUUUUUAAAAGAAAUGCCAUAUUCAGGCAUUAUGGGUAACUGUGGCUUCAGGUGACACGGUGACUAGUUUUACUAAUCCUGUGUUUGACAUCUGAUUUUGGAAGAGUCCCCGAGGCCCCUUGGAUUCAGCAGAUGGGAUGGAACAUAAGAAAUAUAAGUAGUGUGUAGCCCCUUGAUACAAUAUAUGAGUUUCCCUUCUGCUGUGGCCCCCAGAAAGGUGACCUGUGGCUCAGCCUGUCUGCCACUGCCAUGUGGUGCUCACUGUAGACGAGAACACUGGAAGAAGACAUGAAUGUAGAUAGAUGUGGAGGCAUAGUUCACAUGGUCUUCACUUUAGCCCUGUUCCCUCUCCACACAUAGAUGCUGGGUGGGAGGGAGGCACAUUGGAGCACAAUGUGUAGGGACUUUUUGUGUGAUUUAUAGGUGGGCUUUUGGGUUCACCAAGAACUGUUUACUUUUCAUUUAUUUGUACAGAGCCCCUCUCUCCAGCCCGCAGUGUUAGCUCCUCCCAUGAGCAGCAAGGCCUUUUUACCUCUAAGAGCCCAGGGCUCUUUUGCAGGUGUUGGAAGAGCCCAGACCAUCUUAAAUGGAGCACCCUUGCCCCACCCCUCCCCACUCAGACCUUUCCCCUCAAACCUUCUAGGAAGUUCUGCCGUCCUAUCCUGGCCCACCCCUAAUGUGGAGGUGCACAUUUACCCUUCUGCACUGGGGCCAGAUGCCUAAGAAGGAAAGGAAGCAGUGUCUUCAAACUGAAUCCAUCUUAUCCUUGACCUAGAGAAUUGAUUGAGUUGCCUGGGGUAGUCAUAAAACCCUUGUGGGACAUUACAAAUGUGACAAUUACAUUAUAAAUGUGGCUCUGUCACAUGCCCACACCUGCAAACAUAUCUCCUAAAGUGAGAUGGAGCAGGGGAUGCUCCACAAACAAAGCAACCUUCUUUGUGCCCAGACAGAAGGUAAUGAGGGCAGACAGAAGACUCCCCUUUCCCCUAGCCCGGGCCUCUCCUGAAUGCCUUAGAUGAACACACUUGUGUGUGUGUGUGUGUGUGUGUGUGUGUGUGUGUGUACAUGCGCGCGCGCAUACACACACAUAUACGCACAACCCCAAAGAUGGCCUUGGUGCUCUCUUACUGCUUCCACUAGUUUGAGAGAAUUCCAUGGGAUUUUUUUCUGGUCUUGAGUAACCAAGAGGAUUCCAAGCCAUGUGAGAAUUGUCCUGCUUUCUAGAGUGCGGAAUGUGGCCCUGCAAUGUCAGAAGCACAGUCGGUUACUAGGUUUUUAGAAGUCCUGUCUGCUCACAUCAGAGAAAUGGCAGGUUCUAGGAAUGAGGCAGGACUUUUGUAACCAGAGUGUGUUAAAUUCUGGGAAACUGUAUUUUGGUUUCCUUAACACUUUUAAGUAUGUAGGGCUUCACCCCCCACCCCACCCCUCCACCCCAGUUUCAUCGUCCCUUUCAGUGAAAAGAGGCGGACACUCUGGGAGCUAUUUUCUUGUCCCUGGACUGUAUGGUCCCUCAUUUACCCAGCCAUACAGGUGGCUCCAGUGGGCACUUCUUUUCAGAAGCAAUAUAAAUAUAGAAUACUUAUUUUUUCAGAAUUAAAUAGGUUUCAUGAAAUCUGUUGGCACUGCUUUCCUUGUUCCCCAUCUAAAUUCUUCCUUCGUGUUUGGAUUUUUUGCCUUGUAUACAGAGGACUAAAGAUUAGCACAGACAUUCUGACGUUGAGUAAGGUAGUAUGUCACAGUGGGUGGUAGAGGUCUUGUUUUUCUCUGUUAGGAAGUUGUUAAAGAGUGUAUGAAGAUAGUCAUGAAUGUAUAGUGUUCGAAUCCUGCUUUUAGUUCAUGUGGCCAUGUCUGUCUGAUGACAAAUGUUUGUCAGGGAAUAAAGUGUCUAGUGUUAUUAGCACUCAGUGCCCUUCCCCUUCAGUGUUGAGCCCCCAACCUUCCUUUCCUUUUAAGGGGUGAGGGGCUCAUCUCAGCAGCAAUCAUCAACCGACCAAUGGGAUCUACUUAGUGGUCACUGGAUUUGGCCUGAUCAUACCACAGCAUGGCCGCUUGGGUUCUUGUAGAGAUAGCCUCACUUUCUACCAUUCCUCCAGAGAUUGCAUCUUGCCUGACCAGGAGGGGCCUGGAGACUCUUUAUUGGAGUCACUGGGUCAUUCUAAAGUGGGGGUGAGGGCUCAGGGCUGGUACUGCUGUGGGAAUUCCUUGCCUCUCGUAGAUCCAGCCUUAAUGUCUGACAUCCUAGCAUGAGCAGACCCUGCACAGAGUGGGUAUCAGAGUUCCUACUGUGAGGAGUAAACAAUGAGGACAGUUUUACCAAAGAGAAUGAGAUACCACGUCAUGUCUGCCUGUUACGAUUGAUUGAGUGCACCCUUAGAAAACUGAAUGUAACACAAACCCAGGACAUUUUUGGAAAUUGUAUGCUCUUUAGCAACUUUGUGUGAAUUUUUAUACAAGCACUGUUUUAUUAAUUAUAUAAAAUAUAAAAAUAGAAAAACUG